ACGGAACCUUACGUAUACAUCGCCAGGAAACUGAAAUGUCGAUUCAAACUCAUUAUGAGGCACUGGGGCUUGACCCAACCGCUUUGAUGCCGGUCAUCAAGUCUGCCUACAAGGCGCUCGCAUUAAUCUAUCAUCCCGACAACUCACACGGUCUAGAACCCGCCCAACGAGCCGAACACGCAGCCAAGUUCCGUGCGAUUCAGGAGGCAUACGACGUCCUCACAAAUCCUGCGCUCAGGGCGGCAUAUGACCGUGAACUACAACGAGACGGAAACAAAGUGAACCUUGAUUGCUCAACCUUUCAUCAUGCUCAACGCUCUCGAGCAUUCAAGCAGAACGGUCGCCCCUCUGUGUUCAUCACAACCCCUGCUGCGAAGGAGGCUUUACGGACACGUAUCGAGCUACAGCUUGCGCAAAUCAAAAAGGACCGCCUGAAGCGGGACUACGAAGAUGCAUCCAUGGACCUCGCUGGGAUUCAGAUCACGUUGUCCCUCUGGCGAGACAUGGCUGAAGAACGUGCGGACGAUCCUAUCGCAUACUCGUACUGUUUGACUCAGAUCCAGGAGUACGAGCACAAACUCAAAGUACGUGAAGCGGAGCAAGAGGCGUGGUUGAACGCCCUCGCCAGCCCGAAGACUGCUGCAUCACACAAGGCUGAUUCAACGCAAAAACAGCAACAAACCCAUACCCAUCUCCAGAACAUUGCCAGUUCUCUUCGCAAUGCGAGCGGAGAGAAGAUCCAGGCUGAAUCAACGCAGAGUCGUCGCACUGCCACCAAGCAAUCUCACGAAACGAAGCGCCACCUCUCUGCCUCCCAGAAACGCGCCGAAACCGAACACCGAGAAUCUGAAGAACAGAUGCGCCGCGCUGAAGCGCGCAAAGCAGACAAGGCUCGCCGCGAAGCACUGAAGAAGCAACAGCAGGAGGCGAAGGCUGCUGCCAUCCGCGCCGAGAAGCUGAAGCAAAAGCGCAAAGUACAGGAGGCUGCGGCAAAAGAGGCCCAGCGAAUCAAGAAAGUUCGGGAGAAAGUGAAGCCUGGGACCCUGCUCACGAAAAUGGAUGAUGAAGAGGCUAUCGUAAACUGGCCACUUGUAGACACUCCUCUUGAUAAUGCUGUCGGUAGCAAUACGGCUGCGGAGGUCGAGUGCGUCGAACGUAAGUCUAACGGGCGCAUCAAGUGCAACGCAUGCGACCAUGGCCAUGCGUCCUUCCGCGAGUGGAAGGAAUGUAAUGCAAACGCAAAGGGACGUGGCGACAAGGCGUUGGAGUCAAACGAGAAUGGAUUCUUCUGCAUCGUCUAAAGCUCCAGGUCCUGUACUGCGUAGGGUUCUAACACCAUUCGCUUUUUCCUUCUAACCGCGCAUCACUUUCAUUCCGUCCAGUUAUUUCAUCUCGCAAUCUCCUCGAC